AUGGUCAAUAUUGUUCUGCUCGGGCUUCUCGCCUGCUCGAGCCUCACCCACGCCAUCCCUAUAUCGCAGGGCCCUGCCGAUGUCGCAAGCAUCCUCACUCGCCGCGCCGCAGUCGACGCCUGCCCCGGCUACACUGCCUCCAAUGUUGUCGAGAGCGAUUCAGGAUUGACCGCCGACCUUACUCUUUCCGGCGAUGCCUGUAACGCCUACAGUGACGAUAUCAAAGACUUGAAGUUGCUUGUGGAGUACCAGACUGACGACCGCCUGCACGUCAAGAUCUAUGAUGCCGACCAACAAGUCUACCAGGUCUCAGAAGAUGUGUUCCCCCGCCCCAAGCACGAGAAUGCGUCCGCUGGAAAGACCGCACUCCAAUUUGGUAUCAAGACGAGCCCAUUCUCAUUCGCUGUGAAGCGUCGGGAUAACGACGAGGUUCUGUUUGAUACCGGUACUGUUCCACUGGUCUUCGAGAAACAGUAUGUUCGCCUGCGUACUAAGCUUCCCGACAAUCCCAACAUCUACGGCCUUGGCGAGCACAGCGACUCGUUCCGCUUCGCCACAGACAACUACGAGCGCGUCUUGCUGAACGCGGAGUCACCCAACAUCCCUAGAAACGCCAACCUGUACGGAACGCAUCCCGUCUACUUUGACCACCGUGGUGACAAGGGUACGCAUGGCGUUUUCAUGCUUAACUCUAGCCCAAUGCAAGUUGAAAUCAAGAAGGCCGACGGCUAUCAAUAUCUUGAGUACAACACGAUCGGCGGCGUCAUCGAUUUGUACUUUAUGGCUGGCAGCAAGCCCGCCGAUGUCUCCAAGCAAUACGCUGACGUCGCCGGUUACUCUGCCAUGUACCCGUACUGGACCUUCGGUUUCCACCAGUGCAAGUAUGGAUACUGGGACGUCAACAUGGUCGCUGAGGUCGUUGGCAACUACUCGACUGCUGGAAUCCCUCUUGAGGUCAUGUGGACCGAUAUCGAUUACAUGUAUCUUCGUGAGGAUUUUACGACUGACCGGGAACGCUUCCCUCUCUCAAAGAUGCGCGAGCUUGUGCAGACGCUUCAUUCCCGUGAUCAGCGCUAUGUUUUGAUCCUCGAUCCUGGUGUCCAUGCCGUAGGCGGUCCAUACGUCACUUACCAGAAGGGUCACGACAUGGAUGUUUUCCUCAAGGCCGCGGACGGCUCCGAUCUACUUGGUGUCCAGUGGCCUGGUGAGGUUGCGUGGCCUGAUUGGUUUGCACCCAACACAGAGAAGUGGUGGACGGAAGAGAUCCAAGCGAACUUCAACCCAGAGAACGGUAUCGAUCUAGACGGUCUCUGGGUCGACAUGAACGAGGCCUCCAAUUUCUGCCAGGAUCCCACCACCUGCAACCCCCGACAGCAAGCGAUCGAUGAGAACAUCCCCCCGCAUCCAACCAACGCACCGCGACCCAACACUGGCCGUCCCAUCCCUGGUUUCCCGGCUUCUUUCCAGCCAGGAAGUACGCUCAAAGCCCGCGAUUCAGAUGUUGUUCCCGCGCGUGAUGCAGUUUCCGUUGAAGUUCGCGCCUCCAAGUCUGUAUCUCCCCGUCAGUCUACCAACGGUAACAUGAAGGGCUUCCCCGACCGUGAAUGGUUCAAACCCGCAUACCAUCUCAACAGCCACCUGGGCGAUGUGUCCCGCCAGACUAUCCCCAUGAACACUACAAACUAUGACGGUAGCUGGCAAUACGACACUCACAACCUCUACGGCUACAUGAUGGCGGCAACAACACGCGAAUCGAUGCUGGCCCGCCGUCCCGAGCUCCGUCCCUUCGUGCUGAGCCGCUCCACCUUCGCUGGAGCUGGUCGCAAGGUUGCCCACUGGUUCGGCGACAACUUCUCAGCCUGGGACGACUACCGGAUUUCCAUUCGUCAGAUGCUGUCCUUCGUCUCGAUGCAUCAAAUGCCCAUGGUCGGCUCUGACGUCUGUGGUUUCAACGGCAACGCGGACCAAUACAUGUGCGCUCGCUGGGCUAUGCUAGGAGCAUUCCAGCCUUUCUACCGCAACCACGCAGAGCUGAGCACCAUCCAACAGGAGUUCUACCAGUGGCCCAUCGUUGCUGAAGCUGCCAAGAAGGCUAUUGCCACUCGGUACAAGCUCCUCGAUUACAUCUACACUGGCCUUUACUACCAAACCAAGGAGGGCACACCCAUGAUCAACCCUCUGUUCUUCCUCUACCCAGCAGAUACGAACACAUUUGGUCUUGAUCAGCAGUGGUUCUACGGUGACGCGCUGUUGAUUUCGCCCGUCACAACAGAAAACUCCGACACCGUCACCUACUACAUGCCAGAGGACACCUUCUACGACUACUGGACCUACGCCAAGGUCGAAGGCCAGGGUCAGAAUGUCACCGUCAGCAACUUGACAUACAGUGACAUCCCCGUUCACAUCCGCGGUGGCUCCAUCGUCCCACAGCGUGUCAACAGCGCCAACACUACCAAGGCUCUGCGCAAGGAGGACUUCCUCAUCAUCGUUGCACCGGAUGCCGAUGGCAAGGCGACGGGACGUUUGUACCUCGAUGACGGCGAGAGCCUUGAGCAGCCUAGCAUCAGCGAAAUCUCCUUCUCGUUUGAUGGCGGCAAGUUCAGUGCCACAGGUUCAUUUGGCUAUUCUGGUGCCGGUGGCGACAGCGUCACCGUCGCCCAGGUCGUUGUGCUGGGCCAAGAACAGGCUGGUGCCACCGGCAACUUUGACGCUGGUAAGGGCACUGUCACGGUCGAUGGGCCAUGGGAGAUGGACAAGGAGUUUGGGUUUCAAUUAUGA